AUGGGUACAGGCCAACUGAGCUUCGAAAGAGUGCCUACAUUCGCUCGGUAUCCGCCCCUAAUUUCGCCGGAAACAGUGGUGAUUUGGACUCAUCUGACACCGAAGAAAGUCCGCUUCGGCGUAGUCGGUGCUUCGAAGACGUUUACGUCCAACUCUACAGUCUCAGCUCUGAGGCGAAAUGUCUUUGGUUGUCAGGGCAACCAGAUGCUUGGGCCGAAAUUCGUAUGGAACUUCUGUUGGUAUGAAGAGGAGAAGAGGUGA